UCUCUCUCUCCUGUUUCUCUCUUCUCUCUAGCUCUUCUUUCUCUCUCUAAUGCUCCCUUCUCGGUCUCUUUCCCUCUCAAGCCAACGCUUGCAGUGGAUUGUUUAGAUAUUGCAAUACAUAUGUUUGUAUUUGUUUUCAACAGAAAUUUGUAUUUCGCUGUAUAUUGUUGUCAUCCAUCCUUGCAUUUUGCUAGCCUAAACACAUCUUUUUACAGAUUUCUCACAGGGAAAGUAAUAGAUCUCUAUGACCAAAAAAAAAGUAUUGAUUUCGAGGGCGCACUAAACAUAGCAGAUGUGAACUCGAGUAAGAAGUCCUUCAAAUUACAGCUCAAAGUCGACAUACCUGUGCUGGACUCGGCCCAGGAUCUCCAAAAAGCCGUGCCCAAUCUGCACAGUCGCUAUUGGUCCCUUUCAUUCAAGGGCAAGCGAUCCUGUGCUCAUUAUCCCUUUUACGAUCAAAUCCGCUACAACAAAGGUUGCUGGCAGAUCUUUAGCACUUCCAGCGGGACCUUCUACCUGUUCGGUGCGUAUUAUGACAACAGGACUAUGGUAGAUGGACCGAUUGUGCGCGUUCUGGGAAUGAUGGACCGCGUCGUCCAGCAAGUCAGCAUCUUCUGCCAGUUUUGGCUCUUCGGACAAAACAAGCCUGUGUUUGCAAAGGUGUCUGGCCACACUUACAUAUGGACCACCUUUAGCCAUAUCACAUACAGAUUACUUCGCCCUUGUUUGCUAUCGUGCCAAAUGCCAUCUGACUAUGCACAUCAGGUGCCAGAGUCUGUGUCCCUCGUAGAGCAGCCAUGCGACACAGCCACAACAAACCUCAGGGUCGUUAACAAUCGUCCACCAGAAGGUCAGACCAAAGACUUUGCUGUGUGCGUCAAAGGCCUCGACAUUUAUCACGAAGACAAAAGCAUCUUCCUUGUCGAGUGGCUGGAGACACUCUACCUCCUGGGAGCUGAUAAGGUGUUCAUGUACGACCUGCAAGUGCACCCGAACACGGCCAAGGUCCUGAAGUACUAUCAGGAAACCGGUUUUGUGGACUUGACCAAACUCACAUUGCCCGGAGACCAGCCGAACAUCCCUGAACUCAGCCAUCACUAUCUUAAUACUAGAAUUCUAGAUAAACUUCUAAACGAACUCAUCCCUUACAACGACUGCCUCUACAGAAAUAUCUACAAUUACAAAUAUGUGGUAACUUUUAUACUUAAUGGGAAUGUAAGAACUGAAUUUUGUAGUGUGCCAGUGUCUAGAGCCAGACGUCCUUUAGUAGCUGAACGUCAGCCUUCUAAGAGCAGGGAUCGUAUUGCUUCAUUAGAGAACAAAAUAAGGAACAAUCUCCACGCGUGUCGGUGCACCCGCGCUCAGAACAAUCAUCUGAAGACUGUGGCCCUUACUCUCUCAUUAAAGUCUAAGGGAAAUAAAAACACGCUGCUUUUGUCCAACGUGUAUUUACAUGCGGCUAAUCAAAAAGUCUCGCUGCUGUAUCAUAUGAUGGCUAUUAAGAUAAAAUUCAACCCAAACAAUCUUCUUAUCAGAAACGUCAAACAUAUUGCCGCCGGCCUGUCCAAAGAUAUUAGCCCAAGUCUGUCUGUUAGUGUUGGUAAUACCCUCUCCAAAAUCAUUGGUGCCAGCCUCUCCACAACCAUUACUGUCAGCCUGUCCACAAACAUUACUGCCAAGCUGUCCCCAAACAUUAGUGCCCGCCUCUCCACAAACAUUGGUAUAAGCCUGUCCAAAAACAUUGGUGCCAGCCUGUCCACAAACAUUAGUGCCAGCAUGUCAACAAACAUUAGUGUCAGCCUGUCCAGAACAUUAGUGCCAGCCUGUCCAGAAACACUGGUGCCAGCCUCUCCACAAACAUUAGUACCACACUGUUCACAAAAUUAG